GUCGUCGCCAUGCCGCCCCUCCGCUGCUGUCUGCUGCUCGCGCUGCUGGCGGCCGCCGCCGGCCAAUCCCCCGCCAAGUGUGGGACCAACAGACAAGAUGUGCGGGUAGACAACUGCGGAGGAAAGAUCUGCACCCUUCGUCGCGGCACCAGCACUGGAAUCACCAUCACAUUCCGCCCCGAUAAACCGCACCAACGGCUCAAGACGAAGGUGUCGGGCGUGGUGUUCGGGUUGGAAGUGCCGUUCGCCGGCGUGCCAUCGAACGCGUGCGGUUCGCUCGUGCAGGGCAACUGCCCCCUGCAGCAAGGCCAGCAGUACGUCUACCGCGCCGAGAUCCCCGUCCACAACAACUACCCGGCGAUCCCGAACGUGCAGGUCAGGUACCUGCUGGUGGACGCCGACACCAACGAGGUGGUGACCUGCGCCCUGAUCCGGGUGAAAAUCCGCUAGCGGGCGGAGAAAGGCCCCCGCAGAGGAGGCCCCGCAGAGGACGCCCCGCAGGCGUGCCCGGAUCGUAUUCGGACCAUGCCACCCCCGCCCUGACACCGCACUGGCUGCACGAGUGGAGCAACGCGAGUGUAAAGGAGUAGAGAGAGAGAGAGACAGAGAGAGAGAGAGAGAGAGAGAGAGAGCGAAAAGGGGGGGGGGGGCUUAACAAUGUCGCUGCUGUAGAGUUAGACAUGUGUGAGGUAUGCUUUCCACGUUACCUGGUGGUCACGGGUAACGGAAAAGGAACUUGGUCGUUCACCCGAGUUCUUGCAUUUAAGUGACUGAUAGCUGCCCCACAAGGUCACCGACUGUUUUACCUGAAUUGAUGUUGGUGCAGUUCACGCAAGAGGUUCCGUUAUUUUGUUGAUCAUUUGCAAAGAGUUUUUCGAACCGUCCAUGGCAAAUUCGUGUCGUUUCUUGGCACGGCGCCAAGCCGUGUCAAAGGGAUCGUUGCCCCUAGUUAUUUGACAUGCAACCUGCUGCAGUUCAGCACUUCUAAUUGGGCGCUAUGCAGCCCACGAAGGGUCAAAUGGAACAUUUUACACUUAAGGUGUGAGAACGAACACUUUCAGAGGUUACUAUGUCCUGCUGCUGCUAAGAAACGCUGAUUGGAACACAUGCCUGUCUCUACUGAGGCGUAAUCAUAUGUGCUGUAUGUGUACGUGCGGCGAUGUUUGUGCACACUGGCUCAAAUACACAUGCACUGUUAACGCAUGAACCCAAUGGCAAUGGAUUAAAUAUGAUCUCCA